UAUCAAAUGUAGAGUUAAAUUUUGUUUUAAUAAAUUGAAGCCAUCUUAGUGAAAAUAAAACAACUGAGUUUAUAAAAGGUUCGCAUUGAAAUUUAUUUUGAAAAAAAAUUUUCGUAUACGUGAUUUACUUUUUCGAUAGGGAUCGAUUUGAGGGGUGCUAGGGUUUUUAGCCGUUUCAAGGUUAGCGAGUUAUAAGGUUAGUUCGGAGAGGGCAAAAUGCGUUUUUCCGAUUUGUUCCGAAUGCGUGGAAAUGUGAUUUCCCGGGUGGGCCGUCUGGAAAAUUGGUGAGUGGCCGGGUGGCGGAGGGUUUUUCCGUCGGAGGGGCGAGCCAGCCGCGCUUUACCCACCGCUCGCCGCUCAGCCUCAGUCUCGUCCCGGCCGUGCUCAGCGAUGGGACUGCUCAGCGAAGGGAGUCCGCUCUCCUGGGAGAAGACGAAGGAGCUCGCGGACCACGUCCGCCGCCAAGGCGUCCUCCAGUUCAUCAACAUGUACCACAGGCUGAAAGACAAACACGGAGACGUCCUCAAAUGGGGCGACGAGGUCGAGUACAUGAUUGUCAAGUUUGACGACGACAACAAAAAAGCCAGCCUCAGCCUCAGGGGCCAGGAACUUCUUAGCAUCCUCAACGAAAAAGAGGCCAAAAACCCUGAUAGUGUCAAGUCAGUUUGGAGGCCAGAAUAUGGAGCAUACAUGGUCGAAGGGACACCAGGGAAACCGUACGGUUGCCUCCUGGCCCAUUUCAACAUCGUCGAGGCUAACAUGCGUUAUAGACGAGAGGAGGCACAGCAGCUGCUCAAAGAAGAUGAGAGGCUCAUCACUGUCACCAGUUAUCCAAGGCUGGGCUGCGGUGUCUUUACAAAUCCUGUUCAUAUGCCGAACCCAAAUGAAGGCUCAUCGAGAUCGCUCUUCAUCCCGGAUGAAGUCAUCUACCCAGGCCAUCCGAGAUUCAAAACUUUAACGCGCAAUAUCAGAAUGAGACGAGGGGAGAAAGUAGCUAUCAACCUGCCAGUAUACAGGGAUGACAAAACAAUGACUCCUUUUAAGGAUGACUUAAAUGCUUUGGGCGACAAUGGUGAGAGCGCCAAAGCUGCUUUACCCGACCAUGUGUACAUGGAUGCAAUGGCAUUCGGUAUGGGGUGCUGCUGCCUUCAGUUGACGUUUCAGGCGUGCAAUAUUGAUGAAGCUAGGACGCUGUAUGACCAGUUAACACCUUUAUGCCCGAUAUUGCUCGCUUUGACAGCUGCUUCGCCAAUUCACCGAGGCGUUUUGACCGAUGUUGACUGCAGAUGGUCUGUGAUAUCCAGCUCUGUCGAUUGCCGGACAAGGGAAGAAAGGGGUCUGGAGCCGCUUAAAAAUAACAGAUUCGUCAUUCCGAAAUCGAGAUACGAUAGCAUUGACAGCUAUCUCAGCCCACAAGGAGAAGUUUAUAAUGAUGUUCCAAUUGUCCAUGAUGAAGAAAUCUACGAGGCGCUUCGUAAGGCCAAUAUCGACCACCUACUAGCCCAACACAUUGCGCAUCUCUUUAUUCGAGACACCGUUUCUCUUUUUAGUGAGAAAGUACACCAAGCUGCAACAGAUACUGACCAUUUCGAGAAUAUACAAUCAACUAAUUGGCAAACGAUGAGGUUUAAAGUUCCUCCUCCGAACAGUAAUAUUGGUUGGAGGGUCGAGUUCAGGCCGUGUGAAGUCCAGCUGACAGAUUUUGAAAACGCCGCAUUCGUCAUUUUUGUUGUCUUGCUGACAAGAGUGAUCCUUUCAUACAAAUUGAACCUCCUCAUACCCAUCAGCAAGGUUGACGAGAAUAUGACUAAAGCCCAAAAGAGGUCAGCUGUCAGAGAAGAAGUCUUUUGGUUUAGAAAGGACAUUACUUCAAACGGCCAUCAAACGAAUACCAAUACGGACAUCAAUGACCAAUACUGUGCAAUGACAAUAAACCAAAUUAUCAAUGGGAAAGAAGGAGUAUUCCCUGGUCUAAUUCCUUUAAUUAAUUCAUAUCUGAACGGUAUGGAAGUAGAUACAGAUACGCAUUGCUCGAUUCAACAGUAUUUGAAACUUAUACAACGAAGAGCGUCUGGGCAAUUAUUAACGACUGCCAGUUGGAUUAGACAGUUCGUAAGACAGCAUCCUUCUUAUAAGCAGGACUCCAUAGUCAACGAACAAGUGAAUUACGACCUUUUAAAGACAAUAGACGGUAUUCAAGCAGGCACUGUCCCUUGUCCAGAGUUAAUCGGGCAGAGUCUCGUCUCCAAGACAAAAGAAUCCAUCCCGCUUGCCAUGGAAAAGGAGUCUCGUAAAUUCUUCUCUCAAAAAGUGGUUGUUUGAAAAGAGAAUCAUGGCCAUAUCAAAUAUAAACAUAUCGGUGAUUUUUUAAUAAAUACUAAAUUUAAAAAAUA